ACCAACCCCUGCUAGAUCAGUACAGACAGCAGUCAUGGCAAAAUCCAUCCUCCUCACUGGUCUGGCCCUUGUGCUGCUAGCUCAGCUGGGCUCUGCUUACCACCUGACAUGCUACUUCACCAACUGGGCCCAGUACCGGCCAGGCCUGGGGCGCUUCAAGCCAGAGAACAUCGACCCCUGCCUCUGCACUCACCUGAUCUACGCAUUUGCGGGGAUGAGAAACAAUGAGAUCACCACAAUCGAGUGGAACGACGUCACCCUCUACAAAUCCUUCAACGGUCUGAAAAACCAGAACAGUGAACUGAAGACUCUCCUGGCCAUCGGAGGCUGGAACUUCGGAACUGCCCCAUUCACUACCAUGGUUUCCACUCCUGAGAACCGCCAGACCUUCAUCAAAUCCGUCAUCAAAUUUCUGCGCCAGUAUGAGUUUGAUGGGCUGGACUUUGACUGGGAAUACCCUGGGUCUCGUGGCAGCCCUCCUCAGGACAAGAACCUCUUCACUGUGCUGGUCAAGGAAAUGCGUGAAGCCUUUGAGCAGGAAGCCAAGCAGAUCAACAAACCCAGGCUGAUGGUCACUGCUGCCGUGGCCGCCGGCAUCUCCAACAUCGAGUCUGGCUACGACAUCCCCCAGCUCUCUCAGUAUCUGGACUUCAUCCAUGUCAUGACCUACGACCUCCAUGGCUCCUGGGAGGGUUACACUGGAGAGAACAGCCCCCUGUACAAAAACCCCAGUGAUACUGGCAGCAAUGCUUACCUCAAUGUGGAUUACGCCAUGAACUAUUGGAAAAACAAUGGCGCCCCAGCUGAGAAGCUCAUUGUUGGAUUCCCAUCUUAUGGACACACCUUCAUCUUGAGCAAUCCCUCUGAAACUGGCAUUGGUGCCCCUACUUCUGGCCCUGGUCCUGCUGGGCCCUACACCAGGCAAUCUGGCUUCUGGGCUUACUAUGAGAUCUGCCCCUUCCUGAAGGACGGUGCUACUGAGGUGUGGGAGGCUUCUGAGGAUGUGCCCUAUGCUUACAAAGGAAAUGAGUGGGUUGGUUAUGACAACCCCAAGAGCUUCCAAAUCAAGGCUGAGUGGCUGAAGAAGAAUAACUUUGGAGGAGCCAUGGUCUGGGCUAUUGAUCUGGAUGACUUCACUGGGACUUUCUGUAACCAAGGAAAAUACCCCCUGAUCAGCACCCUGAAGAAAGCCCUGGGUCUGGAGAGUGCAAGCUGUACGGCCCCGGCCCAACCCAUCGCUCCCAUCACCUCGGCUCCCAGCAGCGGCGGCAGCGGAAGCUCGGGCGGCAGCGGUUCCGGAAGCAGCUCCGGGGGCAGCGGCUUCUGCGCCGGCAAAGCGGACGGUCUCUACCCCGUGGCCAACAACCGGAACGCCUUCUGGCACUGUCUGAACGGCAACACCUACGAGCAGUACUGCCAGGCUGGGCUGGUCUUUGAUCCCAGCUGCGAGUGCUGCAACUGGCCAUAAGCUUCCCUUCCUUCCCCCAUCCUGCUCUUUGCCUAUCCUGUGCCUAUAAUUCGACAAUAAAAGUCCGCAAUGAGAA